GAAAAUCAUUGUAAAAUAGAACAUUCCAGACUCGUUCUGCUGUGCGGCACGGUUGUAUAGCCGGCAUUUUGUUUUACUUUUAAAAUAUUGGAUAAUAUUAUAUAAAACAAUAUGUAUCGCUUACCGGUUCAUCUUAAUGGAGUCGCAAGACAACAAGCUAAGCAGUUGAUGCAGUUACAACGUUGGUACGCAAAAGAUGUUCGCUUCGGACCGGAAGUUAGAGCCCUCAUGUUGCAAGGGGUCGACAUUCUUGCUGAUGCUGUAGCUGUUACAAUGGGGCCAAAGGGAAGGAAUGUUAUUAUUGAACAAUCAUGGGGAUCACCGAAAAUAACUAAGGAUGGAGUAACAGUUGCCAAGGGGGUUGAAUUGAAAGAUAAAUUCCAAAAUAUUGGAGCACGUUUGGUUCAAGAUGUAGCCAAUAAUACAAAUGAAGAGGCAGGAGAUGGUACUACAACAGCUACAGUUUUAGCAAGAUCAAUUGCCAAGGAAGGAUUUGAAAACCUUGGAAAAGGUGCCAACCCAGUAGAAAUUCGUAAAGGGAUAAUGAUAGCUGUCGAGCAGAUUACUGCUACUUUAAAGCAGUUAUCCCGACCUGUUACAACACCAGAGGAAGUUGCUCAGGUGGCAACAAUCUCGGCAAAUGGUGACAAGAAGAUUGGUGACUUAAUCUCAGAUGCUAUGAAACGUGUGGGCAAAGAUGGUGUCAUCACUGUAAAAGAUGGCAAGACUUUGAAUGAUGAAUUGGAGGUCAUUGAAGGGAUGAAAUUUGAUCGUGGUUAUGUCUCUCCCUACUUUGUUAAUACUACAAAAGGAGCCAAAGUAGAAUAUCAGGAUGCCCUUAUUUUGUUUAGUGAAAAGAAGAUUUCUUCAGUUCAGUCUAUUGUACCUGUUUUGGAAUUAGCAAAUGCACAGAGAAAACCUCUUAUAAUAAUUGCAGAAGAUAUUGAUGGUGAAGCUUUGUCUACACUGGUGGUUAACAGAUUGCGUAUUGGACUUCAAGUGGCUGCAGUAAAGGCUCCAGGGUUUGGAGACAACCGUAAAGCCACAUUGGUCGAUAUGGCUAUUGCAACUGGGGGUAUUGUGUUUGGAGAUGAAGCAAACGUAGUCAAACUAGAAGAUGUUCAACUUGCUGAUUUGGGGCAAGUAGGAGAAGUAUUAAUUACAAAAGAUGAUACACUUCUUCUCAAAGGAAAGGGUAAAAAAGAAGAGGUAGAUAAACGUGCAGAUCAAAUUCGUGAUCAAAUUGAAACCACUACAUCUGAAUAUGAGAAGGAGAAGUUACAAGAACGUUUGGCUCGUUUGUCUGCAGGCGUUGCGGUGUUGAAAGUUGGCGGAAGUAGUGAGGUGGAGGUUAACGAGAAAAAAGACCGCGUUAACGAUGCAUUGAAUGCUACGCGGGCUGCGGUAGCUGAAGGUAUUGUUCCCGGGGGUGGCACCGCUCUCCUACGUUGCAUCUCUGCUCUAGAACAACUGAAACCAUCAAAUCAAGACCAAACGAUUGGUAUUGAAAUCGUGAGAAAAGCUUUACGUGUCCCAUGCAUGACGAUUGCAAAGAAUGCGGGUAAAGAUGGGUCUUUAGUUGUCGCCAAAGUGGAACAGAACUCUGGUGAUUACGGUUACGACGCGCUCAACGACGAAUAUGUUAAUAUGUUUGAAAGAGGCAUCAUAGAUCCAACAAAAGUCGUACGUACUGCUGUGACAGACGCUUCCGGUGUAGCAUCACUUCUGACAACAGCCGAGGCCGUAAUAACUGAAAUUCCCAAAGAAGAACCACCACUUCCUGGUGGCGCCGGCGGAAUGGGUGGCAUGGGAGGAAUGGGUGGAAUGAUGUAAUUUCAUUUCAAAAAGAAAAACAGACUGCGAUAAUAUUAACAUUCUUUCGUGUUAGUUAGUUCGGUAUAUUUUUUACUACUGCUCGUUUUCAAGUUCAUUUUUGAUUGAUUUUCGGUAGCGUUGUUACUUGUUGCUGCGAAAUGAAAUGCGUUUAAAUGUUUCAUAUUUCUCUUCUCGUUUUUCCUUUCAUUUUUUUAGGAGAGAAGAAACCUUCGAAUUUUUUACUUAUUUCAAUUUUUCAUUGAAUUUUUAAAAACGAGUCGAGAGAAAUGAAAAGAAUAAUUAAUUGUAUUGGUAGAUAUCAUCUAGUGUUCUUGUGAAUGAUUGUAGUGAAUUAAAUAUAUUGGUUCGGCUCGGGACCGAUUUAUUCACUUGGACUCCCUGAGCUGGGUCUAUCGUGUACGUGAUCUGAGGGACAUCAUACUGCAUUUUUUUAGUUGUGGUUUAUAAUUAAAUAUGUAUGUAAUAUCUGA